AGGAGAAGAUCGAGGGGGUUGAACAUGAGUGGAGGAGCAAAACCGGAACAGAAAGUGAAGCCUUGUCACCGUGUGUGUGUGCGUGUGUGUGUGGGUGUGUGAGUGUGUCAGUGUGUGAGGAGGAAGAAGAACUUUGAAGAAGCAGACAAGACGAUGGCUGAAGACGGACUGGAGGACACUUGACUUGGAGACUGAAGAUUCAACUAACUUAAGAAGAAAGGCCACAUUUUGGUGACUUCAGUUGAUGGAUCGGUGCUUGAUUUUGACCACCAAAAGUCAACAUGUGCAUCCCUAAAAAACACCUUAAGGAUUAACUAAACUCCAACUUCAACGAGACAAAAGCCAUGGAGGAACCUCCUACAGAGAACAUCCACCACUUCUUCAACCAGCUGUGGAGCUUUGUGGAGGAGAAACACAAGGAAGGUGUCCACAACACCGUCUGCCUGGUGGUCCUCCUCACUCUCCCACUCCUGGUCCUUCUCACCACCUUGCUGGUGUGCUGCCACUGCUGCUGCUGUCGCCAUGCCAACAGAUGCUGCUGUCGAUGUGCAGGAGGAGGAGGAGGUCAGACUGCAGCGUUGGAAUCGAAGAAGAAGAAGAAGAAAAAAAAUUCAAACAAUAAUGAGGAUUUGUGGAUUUCAGUCAAGACGGGGCAGAUGACACCCGAUCGGGUCGCUUUGCCGAUGGAGUAGGAGAGGAAGAAGAAAAACAGUGUUAUAGCCGGUAGUUUUCCAUUAGCCAUGUAGGACACGCAGUGCUGUAAUGUUUACAUUUUGUUUGUGGUACAAACAUUUAUUACAGACGUGUGUGUGUGUGUGUGUGUGUGUGUGUGUGUGUGUGUGUGUGUGUGUGUGUGUGUGUGUGUGUGUGUGUGUGUGUGUGUGUGUGUGUGUGUGUGUGUGUGUGUGUGUGUGUGUGUGUGUGUGUGUGUGUGUGUGUGUGUGAGUGUGUGUGUGUGUGUGUGUGUGUGUGUGUGUGUGUGUGU